AUCCUCUUCCUUCAUCUCCUCCUUCAUCUCCACCUCUCUUCUUCAUGUUGUUACCACUUCAUCCUUUCAGUUAAUUCAUCAUAAACACAUCAUACUCUGAAACAAGGGUAGUCUAGAGGAGGAACCAAUCUUCCAUCGGUCAUCUCCUUUUAUGGUUACUGGUUACUAGGUUAACAUACUCACAGUAUAAACUUUAUCAUCUCUGUUUUUUCAACCAACUUUAGCUUUCAUCUCACCAAUUACAUCUUCUUCUAACAACACCUUAAUUGGCACAUACAUCUCACUUUUUACAUUAUUGUCUUCCUUUUCAUCAUCUCUAGCAUAAUCUAAAACAAUAACAACAAUCAUCUGUCUUUUUUCAUUCUCAACGUUCAAACAGAACACAAUAUCAUCGCAAUAUUACACCUUUAAUCAAUGGAUUUUUACUGAGUUCAACAGGUUUUGAUUCAUAAAAGUUUAUGUUGAAGUGUGAUCAAAAUGUUCUCUCGGUUUUAAAGGAAUAACAUUGGAACAGCUAAAUAAAAAUAAAGUGCUUUGUUUUGUAAAUCAAGUGGUGAUUGGAAAUUUUGGAAAUCACUCUCAACAGUAAAGAUGCCAGUUUUCCAUACUAAAACCAUUGAGAGCAUCUUAGAGCCUGUGGCUCAACAGGUAUCUCGUCUAGUCAUCCUACAUGAAGAAGCAGAAGAUGGUGCCGCUAUGCCUGACUUGGAAAAGCCAGUCUUAGCAGUCAGUGCAGCUGUGAUGAAUCUAAUUAAGGUCGGAAGGGACACAAUCAAUUGCAGUGAUGAUCCAAUUCUUCGUCAAGAUAUGCCAGCCUCGCUUCAGCGGGUGGAGAAAGCAUCUAAGCUUUUAGAAGAGGCAUCAGCUAUGCUCAAAGCUGAUCCAUACUCACAACCAGCUCGUAAAAAAUUGAUUGAAGGCGCACGAGGUAUCCUGCAAGGAACAUCAUCUCUGUUGCUAUGUUUCGAUGAGUCGGAAGUGCGGAAAAUCAUAAAAACAUGCAAAGAGGUCUUAAAUUAUCUCGCUGUUGCUGAAGUAAUUGAAACUAUGGAGGACUUGGUACAUUUUGUAAAGGAUGUCAGCCCACACUUGACUCGAGUUUCCAGAGAUGUUGAUGCUCGUGAAAAGGAAUUAACUCAUAUGGUUCAUCGAGAAAUUUUGAUUCGAAGUUUGGAUGCAGUUAAAACUUUAGCUCCAAUUUUAAUCUGCGCCAUGAAAAUAUACGUACAACUUUUAGCUCAAGGUAAAAAAACGGAUGAGGCUGCUGAAAACCGGAACUAUCUGUGUACACGAAUGACUGAUGAAAUCAAUCAAAUAAUCCGAGUAUUACAGCUUACAACAUACGAUGAAGAUGAAUGGGAUGCUGACAACUUAACCUGUAUGAAGAAAGCUUUGACAGCCAUUGAUGGAAAAGUUCAAGCUGCUCAUGAUUGGCUUGAAGACCCAACAGUUUUACCCGGAGGAAUUGGAGAGAAAUCAAUACGCCAGAUAUUGGAAUAUGCUAAUCGAAUUGCUGACCGAUCUUUACCACCAGAUCGUGAUGCUAUUAAAAAAGGAGCUGGUGAUAUUAAUGCCAUGAUUAAUGCCUUAUGUGAGUUAAGAUCUGAGGGAAAAGGAGAUUCGCCUCAAGCUCAAUCUCUCAGUCGAAGUAUUGGACAGAAAUUAAAAGAGCUCAUCGGUAUGUGUAACCGAGCUGUUACCAAUGUUGAGAGAAGCGGAGUUCGUCAACCAGCCCACACUUUGAGAGGAAAAGUUGAACAAGCUCAAUCUUGGCUUGCUAAUCCAGCUCUUGAUGACAAAGGAUUGGGCCAACAAACUAUACAAUCAAUUAUUGAUGAAGCUCGUCGUUUAGCUUCUCUAUCAUCACCUGCUCAUCGUCAAGAUAUUUUAAAUCUAUGUGAUGAAGUUGAAUCAUUGAAUAGACAGUUGGGUGAUCUUGUUCGUCGUGGUCAAGGUAACACUCCACAAGCUCAAGAUAUUGCCAGACGAUUAUCAAAUAAACUUGGCGAAUUACAAAAGCUUUGUGAAAAUGCUCUGGUUAACCGUGUUGUUGAAGAUUUCAUAGACGUAACCACUCCGCUUAAACAAUUCACUGAUGCCGCUUUGGCUCCUGAAGGAACACCUAAUCGUGAGGUUAAUUUCAAUGAUAAAGCUCAAGGGCUGUCCAAAUUUAAUCAACGCGCAGCUCAAACAGCUCGUAAUGUUGCCUCUGGAAGUGCACCCAACAAGCGUCUGGCUGAAGGUUUAAUGUCAUCAGCUAAUCAAUGUGAAAGUUUAUGUCCUCAAUUGAUCAAUGCUGGUCGCAUUCGGUUAACUCAUCCUGAUAAUGUUGCUGCUGACGAACAUUUUGCAAAUCUCAGGAAACAAUACGCUGAUAGUAUCAAUCGAAUGCGUAAUUUGGUCGAUGAAGCAAUAGACACAAUAGCGUUCAUCAAGGCUUCAGAGGAUGCAAUUAAAAAACAUUCGGCUCUUUGUGAGAGUGCCAUUGUUAAUCAACAACCUCAACAAAUGGUGGACAAUACAACUGCUAUUGCACGAUUGUCAAACAGAGUUUUAAUGGUGGCUAAACAAGAAGCUGAUAACUCUGAAGAUCCAGCUUUUAUUGCUCGAGUCAAUAAAGCAGCUGAUGAAUUACAAAACGCUGUACCUCCAAUGGUUUCAAACGCUAAGGCAGUUGCUCUUAACAUAACUGAUCCAAAUGCUAUUUCAAAAUGGCGAGAUUCGAAUAGAGCGUUGAUCAAUGCUGUUGCCAAUGUGAGGAAAGCUGUUUCACCCGAGCUUCCAGACAUCAGUCAACUCAUGUUAAGAGAAGCAUCGCCAUUGGGUCAACCUUCUAGCUACAAUACUAUGGCCAAUAUGGAUUACCAUUAUCCAACUAAACGACAAUCUGACAUACGAACGUUACCCCUUCAUUACGGUUAUAGAAAAGAAGAAGAAGCACCUCCACGACCACCAUUACCCGUCCACGAUGAAGCUCCACCAAGACCACCACCACCACCAGCAGAGACGGAUGAUGAGUUUGAGGAAAGAUUCCCAAUCAUUCAACCCAAUCAACCCAUCAUGAUGGCCGCUCAUGGACUACACCAAGAAGUAAAACAAUGGUCUAGUAAAGACAAUGAGAUAAUUGCUGCUGCAAAGAAAAUGGCUCUUCUUAUGGCACGAUUGAGUCAAUUGGUUCGAGGUGAAGGUGGAACCAAAAAAGAUCUCAUUGCAUGUGCCAAAGCUAUUGCUGAAGCUUCAGAAGAAGUGACCAGAUUAGCCAAGGAACAAGCAAAACUUUGUACAGACAAGCGUAUGAGAACUAACAUUUUACAAGUGUGUGAACGUAUCCCAACAAUCGGAACUCAAUUGAAGAUUUUGUCAACAGUCAAGGCAACUAUGCUAGGAGCUCAAGCUACUGAGGAGGAUCAAGAAGCAACCGAUAUGCUCGAAGGAAAUGCUCAGAAUUUGAUGCAAUCAGUCAAAGAAACAGUUCGUGCUUGUGAAGCAGCUUCAAUUAAAAUCAGGACUGAUGCCGGGGUCAGAUGCAUUUGGAGGAGGAAAUCCCCUUGGUAUCAGUAUUAAUCAUAAUGAUGAUCUAUGCCGAGUUAUGAAUUGGUUGAAUGAAAGUUCUUUUUGUCUUGAGUAACCAUAAUGUCGAUAAUAUACCUUUUGCAUAAACUGAUGAAGCGAUAAUAUUUUCUCAAAAAACGAGAUGAGAACGAAAAAUUAUUUUGAGCCAUUCUGUUUGGCUACUGAAUUUACGAACAAUCUCUUAUUGAUAAACUCUAAUCGAUGUGCAUCUUUCAAUCAAGUUUGCUUUUAGAUUUGUUAAAAAUGCUGCUUAAUUCUUACUCUUGAUCAACCAUAAUUUAGUAUACAUUUCAAAGUCUUUAUUACAGUCAAGUUACAUACUUAAUCAAAAGUGCCAGUCGCAUCUAUAGCUAUGCAAUCAAGCUUAUAAUUUACUCAAAUCGUCUUUAUUUUGAUGACAUAUGGAAAGUUUAGUGCUAACAAUAGCUAUCAAGAUUCAUUUAGUUUCGGAAUCUAUUGCAUUUAUUCAUAAACCUGAUUAAUAAACUUCUCUAGUGAUUCUUAGUGUGAGAAAUUUUUAAUCUCUAGAAAACGGUGGGUUUUCAGGAAAAGUUAUUAAAUUCUGAACAUUAAUAUUGUGUGUGAAUUGAAGUAAUCUGUUUGUGCCAAACAAAAUGAAAUAACAGAUAAAACACGAAAAAAAGAUGUUUAUCGACUUGCAUUUUAUCUCUCUUUCUAUCAAAAUGACUUUAAUUAUUAUUAUAAGUACUUCUAACAUCUAUCAACUGAAAUGAUCAAUAAUUAUCAAUGUAUUCUCAAAAUAUUAUCUUUUCUUUCAUUUUACUUUCUCCUUCACUCUCUACUCAAUUACACCAUCUUUAAACAUUGUGAACAUUACCACAUCAAUCAAUGAUGAAAUGAAAAAUUUCAUGUUUAAAAUUAAACUUUAAUCAAUUGA